ACCCAAUUUAUGAAAUUGAAGAAAAAAAAUUGUUGUCUAACUUUGUGAAUGAUCAAAUUAUAAGGGUCUAAGUCAGGAAGGCGAGUAAAAAAAUUCAAACGUCAAAAUAAUUUGAAUAAGCCGAAGAAACUAACCUCAAAUUGUUUAGUCUGCUUUAUUCGUUUUAUUAGUAAAUAUCAGUAUUUAAAAAUAAAAGUUAGUGGUUCAAUUAGCAUCAUGGUGUUAGCUCACAGUAUAGAAGAAGACAGAACACAAGAUGUUCAAAUAUCCGAGAACGUCACUUUUAAUUCAAUGCUAUUAGCACCCAAUACUUUGCAAGGGCUUAAGAACUCUGGGUUCUAUAGACCGUCUCCAAUACAAUUGCAUGGUAUUCCAUUAGGAAAAUGUGGAUUUGACUUAAUACUCGAAGCAAAAUCUGGAACGGGAAAAACAGCAGUAUUCUCAAUCAUUGCAUUGGAAAAAUUGGAUCUGAAUGUAGGAUUGCAAACAGUGAUUUUAGCACCAACUAGAGAGAUUGCUGCACAGAUUUGUGAUGUCAUUAAACAACUUGGAUCAAGUUAUGAAGGUCUAGUUGUUGAAGUGGUAAUGGGAGGCAUACCAGUGGAAGAAGAUAUCAAUAAGUUCAGAGAUAAAAGAGUACACAUCAUAGUCGGGAGUCCAGGACGAUUGCGGCAUUUAAUUCAAGACAAGUAUAUUGAUGUGUCCACUAUAAGGCUUUUUGUCCUGGAUGAAGCAGAUAAGUUAAUGGAAAAAUCUUUCCUACCUGACAUAAAUUAUAUUUUUUCUUCUUCACCAAAACAAAAACAAGUUAUAAUGAGUAGUGCCACAUACCCAGAAACUACAAAAUCAUUCAUCCAACAAUAUCUACAAAGUGGCCAACAUGUCUGCCCGGAUAGUAAUACCAUACUUCUUGGUAUAAAACAAAAAUUAACAGUAGUAAAAUAUAACAGUAAUAUUAUCAAACAAACAAAAAAUAGGUUUGAAGAAUUGCAGAAAAUAUUGUCACAUAUUGCAUUUAAGCAAUGCUUGAUUUUCUGCAACUAUCAAGUUAGGGUGGCAGAACUACAUAAAAUGUUAACUAAGCAUAAUUGGCCUGCUGAACAAUUAUAUGGUCAGCAAGAACAACUAGACCGUUUGGAUGCUUUAAAAUCUCUUCAAGAAUAUAAGUGUAGAAUUUUGGUUUCCACUGAUUUGGCAGCUCGUGGAAUAGAUGCUUCCAAUGUAGACCUGGUGAUCAAUUUUGAGCCUCCAUCUGAGUGGCAAACAUUUUUGCAUCGAAUAGGCAGAGCUGGUAGGUUUGGAUCUUAUGGAAUUGCAAUAACUAUGGUCAGUGCAGGUAAAGAGGAACAAAAAUUUUGUGAAUUAAUAAAAGCUUUAAAAUUCCCAUUGAAUGUAAGUAACCUGUGGAAUGAUGAACAAGCUGGCAGUGAAGUUGCCAAUCCUGAGCCACAAAAUUCUGAAACUUCCUGCACUAAAUCCUUAAUAACAAAUAAUAGAGAAGGAACCCAUAAAGAAUUAUGGACAUUACUAUCCAGUGAUUAUAAAUCAAGUGAGAAUGAGAUAGAAAGCUUUUCUAAUUUAUAUGAUUCUUUCAACAAUCCUCCAAUAGAAUCAUUUUCUGAUCUCAUAAGUUCACUACAAAUUCAUGAUACAAAGCCACACGAAACUGUAAUGAACAACACAUACAACCUAAUGCCUAUUCAGUCUAUACUUGACGAUAAGUAUUUUAAAUCUAUUAAUAUAACAAAAGAUGACAGGAACAAUGAUAUUGUUAACAAGGAAAAAGGUAAGAAAACCUGUGAAUUAAACAAUAAUGUUGUGGAUAUUGGGAUACCAGUUGUUUCACACACCACAAAAUCACAUGACCCUAAAGAUUAUCAUGAUUUACUUAACAAGGAAAGUAAUUCUGAUGAGGAAUGUAAGAAGAUACCCAAUGCUAAUGAAGCUUUACUCAGAGCAGGACUUCCAACAGCUUUUGGAAAAUGUAAAAAAAAUUGUAAUAAUUCUUUUACAGAAUACAAUAAUGCCAAACAAAAGUUUCAAGUAUCAUCACAUGAUCUAGGGCUACAAAGUACUUCUGUACAAAAUAAUAAAAACAAAACUUUGAAUGAAAAUAUAGAAAACUAUGUUAAUCAUGAUAAUUUAAGAGAAUCUAAUAAACUUCGAAAACAAAUUACGAAUAUCUCACACCAUAAUGAAAAUGAAGCUUUUGGACACUACUCAAAGAGUGAUCAAUAUGACACAUAUCACAAUCAAUACCUAGCAAACAAGGCCGAAUCCCAUUGUAAUGUGAACAACUCAAGAAAAGCUAAUCAUCAUAGUAUUAAUAACGAAGAUGAAGAUUUCGGGUAUCACUCAGUAAGUUACCAAUAUAGAACAUUUCAGAAGUCACAAUGUACAGAAAAAAAUGUGAAAUCCCAUGUUAAUAAAUCAAGAAAAUCUGAGGAACAUAGAAAAAAAGCUAGAGAGGUUUUAUAUCAUGGAGCAUAUUAUGAAAAUGAGGCCCUUGGACACAACUCUACAAGUGAUGAGUAUGAAACAUACCAUAACAAUGCAUAUAAUAAAGACCUUGAAUAUUCAACCCUCAAUAUAGAGUACCUAAAUGUGAGUGAUGUUGUCAAUUACACAACUUGGUAUAAAAACCUUAAAAAUACAGUUAAUCAGCUACAACUUGCAAUAUACACUGAUGAACUGUCAAAAAUUUAAAAUGAAAUUAUAGCAAUUAUAAAUACAAGAAAAUAUUUGGUACCUAUGUAAAAAAAACAUUGUUAACAUUAUUUACUGUUUUAAUAAAAAUGCACACACACUUACACCAUUAAGAUAAUACUGUUUAAAAGUAGGUAUGAAAAAAAAUAGAUUCAAGGUAACAAUAUAUUAUGUUUGCAUAAUAGAAUUCUCUAAAUAAAAAUAAACCUUGUUUUAUACUAAUUUACAAAAAAUAAAAUUGUACAAAGAAGUCAAUUUGUUCAAAUCCAGUGACUAGAUAGAUUUGCUUUUGUUUUUCAAUAACAGCUAAACAAGAUUUCUUAUGUCCGAAGACUUCUCAAAAUAUUUAUCUUGAUUUAAAUCCCAAAUACCCCUUCUAAAUGCAAAAUAUGCUACUAUAGCAUCUCAAUUGAAUUUCUAUGGAAAAAAUAUUUAUUAAUUUUGGUCUCUCCAUUUUAGUCCUUCUUCUCAUGAGUUUCUGUAACAAUGAAAAAAUAUUAAGAUUAUAUGAUUUUAUAAUGAUGAUAUUAUAAUAUAGAAGCAUCAA